CCAAAUGGAGUAUAUGUUUUGACUUUCCGUCACGUGCUUUGCCUAAACUCGAUCAUUGGAGUUCUCUUUUUUCUUUUUAGCGUCAUUUUCAGUGUGACAUACUAGUACUCCAAAAUGUCGGGAGUGAGGAAAGGUGCAUGGACUAAAGAAGAAGAUUCUUUACUGAGGAAAUGUGUUGAGACGUACGGGGAAGGAAAGUGGCAUAAAGUUCUCAUUAGAGCUGGUUUGAAUAGAUGCAGGAAGAGUUGCAGAUUAAGGUGGCUGAAUUAUCUAAGGCCAAAUAUCAAGAGAGAUGACUUCUCUUCUGAUGAAGUUGAUCUCAUUUUGAGGCUUCAUAAGCUUUUAGGAAACAGAUGGUCACUAAUCGCGGGUAGACUUCCGGGAAGAACAGCAAACGAUGUAAAAAACUACUGGAACACUCACUUUCAAAGGAAGUUAACUACUCGUCAUCGACAAGAGAGAAAGUACAAUAACACCCUCAAGAUCACGGAAAACACCAUAGUAAGAUCUCAACCUCGGACCUUCUCAAAUACAACGAAUGUCUGUUGGUGCAGCAACAAAAGUAUCACAAACAAUGAUGAAAGCACCAAGGAAAUACUAAAUAUUUGCGAGAAGCCAACAACGUCGAUAGACGAGGGAGUUCAAUGGUGGACAAGCUUACUGGAAAAUUGCAAUGAAAUUGAGGAAGCAAAAGCUGUGGGCAGCUUUAAUGAAGAAAAUAUGUUACCAAGUAUGUUGCAUGACGAAAUUUCACCGCCCAUGCAACAAGGACAAAGUGGUAAUUUGGAUGACUUUUCAGCUGAUAUUGACCUAUGGAAUCUACUUGAUUAGUUUCAUCAAUCACAAAUAAAAGACAUCUAAUUAAUGGUAUUGUAGUACUUGUAAUAGUGAUACAUUCUAUUAUAAGCCGUUUAUACUUCGAAUCCCAACUACUAGGUACCUAGGGAUCUAGCACUAUUUUCAUGUUAAAGUUUAAAUUAUGAGUUUAAGUUACGUGAUAAAUUU